UUGUUGCUCUCUUUCACAGGGCAGGGCAGCUGCUCCGGUACACAGCAAGAUGAGCAGUGGUCGACGGCUCCCCGCUGCCGCUCUGUCAACCCUCUUUUUCGCCAUGCACACCGGAGCUUUCCGGCUGGGCGUCAGCACGUCGUCAGCAGGUAGGGCGACCCUUGCGCGAUCCAACCCCCUGGCCCGAACCGGCAGCGGUUCCUCCGCUUCGCAGCAGUUCCGCCGCACCCACCGAACGGCCCAGAGAGUAGCCGCUACCACCUCCACGAGGAGAAGCAUGGUGGCGUCAUCGGCUGCCGGCGCCGACACCGCCGGCAAAGGGGGUGCCGUGGAUGAGGAGGAGGGGGGGGAUGCUGCCGGCGGGGGCGCUGGCGGUGAGCCCGGGUGUUCGAUGGACGAGCUGGUGGGGCUGUGCAAGCGCAGGGGCUUCGUGUUCCCUUCGUCGGAGAUCUACAACGGUUUUGCGGGGUUCUUCGACUACGGCCCGCUAGGGGUAGAACUGAAGAAGAACAUCAAGGACGCGUGGUGGAGGGAUGUAGUCCAGGCACGCGAUGACAUCGUCGGCGUCGACUCUUCCAUCAUCAGCAACCCUAAGGUGUGGGAGGCGUCUGGCCACGUCGCCGGGUUCUCGGACCCCAUGGUCGACUGCAAGGAAUCCAAGCUGCGGUACCGGGCCGACCAGCUCUUCUACGGGAAGGUGGAGUUGGAGGAUGGGGAAGUGAUCGGGUACGUAUCGGUGCUGGAAUCGGGCACCAUGCAGGAGGAGGCAGACACGGCCGCUAACAAGAUCAAGCGCAAGGCCGCUAAGCAGGGAACGCUCAAGGCGGUGUCUCUUCAGGACUUGUCGAGAAUAAGCGCGGAGGAGUUGGAGCUGGUCCCCUCCCCGGCGACAGGGACCCCGGGGGCGUUAACGCCUCCUCGGGAGUUCAACCUCAUGUUCCAGACAAACGUCGGGGCCAUGGCGGACGCGAGCUCUGUGGCCUACAUGAGGCCCGAGACGGCUCAGGGCAUCUUCACCAACUUCAAGAACGUGCAGCAAUCAGCGCGCGCCAAGGUGGGCAAGGCCUUCCGCAACGAGAUCACCCCUCGGAACUUCAUCUUCCGGUCCAGGGAGUUCGAGCAGAUGGAGGUGGAGUACUUCGUCGAAGAAGGGGACGCCUGGAAACAGCACCACCAAGAUUGGCUGGACUUUUCGUGGAACUGGCUCAAGGACAUCGGCCUACGGGAAGACCUCAUGGGGAAUGUUGGUUCCGUUUGCUGUUGUUUGCUGCUGGCGUGCUGUUGCUGUUAA